GCCGUAGAAGGGGACACGACAACUGCUUCGGCCGUGGCGGCGACUUCACUGUGGUGGUAGAAGAGCCACAAUGUGAGGAUAGCUGUGGGUCAGAAGUAGUCAAGCGAGUGGAGUUCAAGGUCUGGUCUCAGUUGCUUGCCAGCUGGUCUGCUGUGUUCGACAAGAUGAUCAACACUGAGGAGUUUGUCGAGCAGAAGAAGGCCCAGGUUAUUACGGACUUCUCUAGCGGAGCGACGGAGAUCUUCCUUCGUUUCCUCUAUUCCGGAAUCGUAGAAGGCCCUCUGGAAACCCUCGUAGAAGUUUGCGCGAUGGCGGACAAAUACCAGGCCUUCCAGAAAGGACUGAACCCUGACAAUGCCUGCCAACUCUUUGCCGCUGCCGCUCGCUUCCGGCUUGAAGACUUGCGCAGAAUGGCACUCGAGGAGAUCUGGGUCAAGGCAGAAGACGUGUUGAAGGAAUGCCCGAGCAUAAGCCCUGAACUCUUCGAAGAGAUCCUCGCUCCCGGCCUGAUCUGCAUGAGCCAUCCUGAUCUCAGGGUCGUCUUGCAAGGGUGGAGCUCUGGCAGGAAACGGAAGGCUGGUGAGGAAACGAUCUUGUCUUCGCCUUUGCAGCCGGUCAUCGAGAGACACUUGGAGCGGUUGAACGAUGAAGGUGAACGCCAUUUGGCUGCAUUUGGGCCACACGCACCGCGCACCGCACCAGAAUCAGCCCACUGCCGGGAUAUCUUCAAAAACCUUUUCAGGAGUUUCCAGGAACAAAACGACGGUACAAUGUGCUUUUUGGGCUACUUUCUGAUGGUAGUUUUCGGACCGAAGAGCUGGGCCUUUCGUUCGCGAAACCCGAAGCCACGGGAGGAGUACUUCGGCAAUCAUCGGCCCUUCUCUCUGAGUUCGGAUUCAAUUGCAUGGAUGCUGCCUCACGAGUCCGUCUAUCUCAUGGGCCUCUCCUUCGUCUUGGACAUGCCAGAGCAAGUCCACUGCCGGAUCUUCUGUUCCGAGGAUGGUGUGAGCUGGCAUCUCGCUGCAGACUCAGGAAAGUCCAAGAUCGAAGCCGGAAGUGCGCUAACCCUGAGCCGGCCCCCUUCCUUGGUGAAGUGGUUCAAGCUCGAGGUUCUGGAAGGCGACUUUCACAACAACUUGCGCAUCAGCGGAAUCCGAAGGGACGAUCUUCCUGCAUAG